UUCUUAGGAACAAAUAUUCGCCAAUACGUCGCAGAAGAGAGUCUCCUGAUCGAAAUGGUCGGAACAAAAAUCGCGGUGGGAAAGGAGGACGCGAUGACAGGAGAGAGCGAGACAGAAGGGAAGAUCGAAGAGAUGACAAAAGAAGAAGAAGUAGGAGUCGGAGCAAAAGCCGAGACCGAUAUUUGGAUCGAGAGCGGGAGCGAGCUAAGGUGA